GAAGAACAAAUACCAACCACGCGAUGGCUUUAUGCUGAAUUGGACGCAUUACCCGAUACUCACGCAGAACAGCAACGCCGAGAAGUGAGCAGAUGUGAAAUGAAUGGCGGCGUGAGCAGCCCCAAGGUCUUCAUUCACAGUGGAGACGACCAGGUGCCGUGCACAUCGAAAUCAAACGGACAAGCCAUUUUCAACCGAUCCUCACAUUCCGAGCCGGUGGAUGUCGUGAGCCAUGGUGAAUUUACAUCGAGGAGCUCCGAGGAGCCAUGCGGGAAGAGAGAAAGGCUCCACAGCGAUUCCAUCGCAGACCGAAACGAACACGAUGCUGUUGCUGGCGAGAGGAGGUGCUCAACGCCACCGCUGAUGACGUCGACACCGUACACGACCCUGGAGAGAAAAGACAGAAACCAAAUGGAAAUGCUCAGUGAUGGCCGUGAAUUGAGGCAAUCGCAAUCGGUGCCGUCUAUCCUCUGCGGCGUCGCCAUCGCCACUGACGGCUCGUCCAUCUCUGAGGUGACUACUUUA